UCCAGCCCUGUACACUGAGCUAUCUCACUGUACACACAGAGAGGAGAGAAGUGGACAUCUAUAACCUGCUCUGUCCCCCCAGAGCUCACCUGAACACAGAGGUAUACACUAUAGUGUGACUCUUACUUAGACAUCACCACGACUACCACUCACGAAAGGAGAGAGGGACAGGUAAACAGACGGCUGGAGGAAAAAAGGGAACGAAUCGAUGAGAGAUAUGGGUGGGAAGGAGAAGAAGAUUGUAGGCAUUACCAAUGUGCCAAAAUACCAGGGGUCAGACAAGAAGCCUUCCCCAUGCUGUGAAGGCCGUAGCAGUGAGUCAGCCCCAGGAAGCAGAAAGCAGAAUGGCAAAGUCCAUCAGACCCGCUUGCCGUUCUUCAGACACCUGGAGAAGGUGGAGACCAUGAGGAGCUUCUGGGAGCUCAAACACGUGGAGCAGGAGGGAGAACGACAACAGGGUAGCCCCUGCCCUCAGCUAUUGCCCCUCAUCCUCAAGCAAGUGGAGAAGAAAGGAGACCAUCAACAGCUGAAGGACAAUGGGAUGAGGGAUGGAAAGGACAAGGUCAAACUCAGCCUGAAAGGCCAGAAAGCCCAGAAGAAGAAGAAGCCUCCACAUGCAUUGGAGACCCUUCUUCUAGACCAGGUGGAGAAGCUCAACAGGCAGAAUGCUGAACUUUCCCAUGGUAACGGGGUGGUUCUGGACAUGCUCCGCGCCCCCGUCGUCCAACCAGAGGACCUGGAGGAUCUAGAGGGGGAGGAGGAGAAGAGGAGAACCCCUGAACGGGAGGAAGAAAAGAGGGCUAGGGAGGAAGAGGAGGGGGAUAUAUUUGGUGAAUCUGAGGAAGAGGAGGGUAGGGAGGAACAAGUUGGAGAGGAAGAGGUGGAGAAGAGAAGGGAAGGAGGGGAAGAAGAGUCAUCAUUGUCACCAGAACCUCUAGAAAGCUCUGAAGAGUUAGGUGAAGUUGCCGCCAGCAGUAAAAACUGUGUCACAGAGGAGGACCUACUGAAAGAUGACCUGAAAAAGAGCAGAGUGGAGGAGAGGAAAGAGGAGGAUGAAGAGGGAGGAGUACCUGAGGGGGUAGAGUCUCAGGCUGCCCAAUCAAAGGCAGAGAAGAUGAAGGAGGAAGAAGAGGUGGAUGAUGGACAGCCAGAAGAGUACAUCAUUGACUUUACCCCUCCGCCAGCAGCCCCCUUUGACCACCGCAUUGUGACUCCAAAACCUCACCAGAUUGCUACCUUCUACGCCAUUAACAGAGACGAGGUCCUAGGAGGGGGACGUUUUGGACAAGUCCACAAAUGUGUGGAGAACUCUUCUGGACUGACUCUGGCUGCCAAGAUGAUCAAGGCCAGGAGCCAGAAAGAAAAGGAUGUGGUGAAGAAUGAGAUCCAGGUGAUGAACCAGCUGAACCACGCUAACCUUAUUCAGCUCUACGCCGCCUUCGAAUCACGCCACGACAUCAUCCUUGUCAUGGAAUAUGUGGAUGGCGGGGAGCUGUUCGACCGGAUCAUAGAUGAGAACUCCAAUCUGACAGAGCUGGACACAGUGCUGUUUAUCAGACAAAUCUGUGAGGGACUACAGUACAUGCACAGGAUGUACAUCCUGCAUCUAGACCUCAAGCCCGAGAAUAUUCUGUGUGUGAGCAGAGCCACAAACAAGAUCAAAAUUAUUGACUUCGGGCUCGCCAGGAGGCUGACAGGUCUGUCUCCGUUCCUGGGGGACGAUGACAAUGAGACUCUGAACAACAUCCUGGCCUGUCAGUGGAACUUUGAGGAGGAGGCGUUUACAGACAUCUCUGAGGAGGCCAAAGACUUCAUCACACGCCUGCUGGUCAAGAGCAAGAGUUGGAGGAUGAGUGCCUCACAGUCACUAAAACAUUCCUGGCUGUCGGAUCACAAUCUUCACUAUCGCCUGCAUCAGAAGUUAUUCCAACCGGCCUCACUACCGCAGACCAUGUGUAACCACGCCAGCACAGGACCUUCACAUCCAGCUUCUUCAACUGCAGGAUUGCCUGGGUCUUGCUCCCCAUCUCCCAUCCAAAACGAGUGUCCCCUCCAAAAUGACUCCCAAGACCCUGUGGGCACCUUAUGAUGACACGGGUCGGUGCCUUUUGAUGACACUGAGGCCAGGGACAGGGGUCAACACUGGACCAACACUGCCGUACCUCUAUGGCCACUGUAUUACUGCUCUCUACUCUGCCUCACAUCUGUUAGCUUAGCUCUGCAGCUUGUGCAACUGAUUUAAAAACGUACCGUAAACCCACUCCACAGCUAGCUUGAAAUGUCGCUGAUAGAGCUAUCGAGUUAGAUAGCUCAAACAGUUUGUACAUUGUCAAGGAAAGCGGUCACUAUAAAAUGCACUUUAAUGUAUUACUAUCAAAUGCAAACAGAACCCCUUUUUUGAACGAUCAUAUUUAUUACAUUUUCAGCUUACUGUAGAUUGCAAAUAACUCAACACAGGCCUAGUUUACCAAGUCUUAUCAUACCAUUGCAUUGUAUUUGUUUGUUGGGUUUUGAUUUAAAAUAAAGCUUUGGGUGCAAUUUAUUUUCCUGGUAUUGUAAAAGUUUAGUUUCUAUAGAGUUAGGAAUUCAUUUUUACUUUCUCCUUGGUUUGCCCCAUCAAACCUUUAAUAGAUCACAUUCAUUAAAAGAAAUCGAUCAUUAUUAAUCCAGGUCAACAUAAACUUGUCGAUAUUAGACAUAAAUCCUCACUAUUAACCCCUGCUGCUCUGCCCGUUGCUACUGACUUUCUCC